GAUUUUUUAUUUAAGAAUGUUUGACCACGAGUAAUGAUUUAUUUAAGAGCCAGUUUUUGACUAAUUUAAAGUAAGAGAUUUUGUAGAAAAGAAGCUAAAAAAAGUCUGUCGAAUAAGUUUGUAACUAACGCAAUGGAGGCUAUUGCCCUUCACGACUUUAAUCCUCAGUCGUCGAACGAAGAUGAAUUGCCUUUUUUAAAAGGAUCUAUAUUAAAGGUAUUGAAUAUGACAGAUGACAAAAACUGGUACAAAGCUGAGCAAAAUGGAAAAGAAGGUUUUGUUCCGAAGAACUACAUACAAAUGAAACCGCAUAGUUGGUAUUACGGAAAAAUUCGCAGAUCUGAGGCUGAACAACUACUUUUACAAGAACCACAUGAUGGAGCUUACCUAAUACGAGAUAGUGAGAGUACAGCAGGUGAUUUUUCACUCUCAGUAAAGUUUAAUAACCAAGUGCAACAUUUCAAAGUGCUGCGCGAUGGAGCAGGAAAAUAUUUUCUCUGGGUAGUAAAGUUUAAUUCAUUAAAUCAACUUGUCGAAUAUCACAGAGCAGCAAGCGUUAGUAGAUCACAAACAAUAUAUUUGAAAGACAUGACUAACGCUCAUGAGGUUGGUCGAGCCUUAUUUGAUUUUGUUGCUCAAGAAGAGAACGAGCUUUCGUUUUCUCGAGGAGAUCUAGUUAAAGUAACCGAUACUUCUGAUCAGCAUUGGUGGAACGGUAAAUUAAACUCUCGUGAGGGUAUGUUCCCUGCCAAUUAUAUACAACUUAUUGCAACUCGUUGAAAUAGUUUUUAUUCGUAUAUAUUUACGAUCAGCUUGCUUACUACUUUUUUUACGCAUACGCGUGUUCAUUUGACUUUAUCGGGUAUUUUCAUAGGUAAAACUUGAUUAUUUUCAUUCUGUACAAAUGUUCAUUUGAUAAUUCUUUUAAGUAUAUUUGUAAACUGUUUACUGUAACGUUUUCUAUUGCGGUAGUCGUUUAUAUUUCACAAAGAAAAUAAUCUUAUAAUUACAAAAUUUGUAUUUUAUUUUUGUUAUUUUAAUAAUAUAUUAUUACUUUAAUUGCUAUUAUAAAUUGUUAAAUAAAUUCUAAAAAUUCUUUUCUAAGUAUUCGAACUUCAUAUCAAUUUUUAUGUUCUCAUUUAAAAUUUAAAAAAGUAAAUUACUAUUUAUGUUUUGUAUUGAAAUAGUUUUUAUUCGCUUCGGUAUUUUAGGAAGGGGGAGUGAAAUUUGUAACCGACAACUUUUUCUAUAUUUGGAAAAAAUAUUUUUGUACUUAUGACAAUAAAGGUUUUGUUUACGUUCGUACAAUGUUUUCUGUGUACAUUUGUUGUAGCGGCUACGUAUUUUCUUUUUAUAAUACAUAUUUAUCGGUAUUUCA